AUGGCUCCUGCUGCCGAGGACCAGCAGAGUCAAUCCAGGGAUAUCAACAGCGGGCAGCGAGCUGGCCGAGCCCAGUCUCCUGCUCAAGGGAACCAGACGCAAACACCAUCAUAUAAGUUUGCACGUACUCAGGAACCACUGCAAUUCAACGCCACCGGUAACUUCAACCGCUCAACCUGCGGUAUCGACUUCCAACCGACAACCGCCGCCGCUAUCAUCGACACAGCCAAAUCUUUGUCGAAAACUGAGAAAGCGAGAGCUCGGAUGGCCAAGGCCAGGGAAGAGAAAGCAAAGAAGCGAAGUGAAAAAGGCGGCCAGUCCAGAUUGACAGAAUCAAUGGAGUCUGCUGCAAAGCGAAGGUCAAGCAGGAUCAACAAACUCGUGAAGGGGGCAAACCAUGACAGAGAGCAGUCAGAGCUCAGUUCUGAGGUUGAUGAGUUCAAUAUGGAGGAACUGGAACGACAGUUCCGCCAGGAUCAGUUCUCAUCUCUGCCAGGGGAGCGCUAUAGUGAUAGGGACUUCCAGCCAUCCUCGACUCUGCCUGAAAGGACAGGCAAAGUAAGCAGAAAAAGAAAACAACCUCACAGUGACAGCAUCUCUCUCAGUAUUCGGCCAAGCGGCCAAUGGAAAACCCUCAGGAGGAAACCAGCCACAUCCAACCGCCAAUGA